GCCAGAGCGAAUUUACGAACGCACCCUAUAACUAAACACAUGUUGCUUUCACAAUUUAACAUUGGCGGAACAGCACCCCAGGGAGGCUACUGCAAUCUCACUCUACCCGUGACGUUAAAGUAAUAACAUUUUUAAAAAGCGUGCUAUUUAAAACAAAUACGAGUUGGUAUCAUUUUUAUUGGGGAAGAUUGAGUAAGCGUGUGUCAGACUGUUUGCUUGGAAUGAUUUGUAGCUAUCGUCUCAAUCUAUGCAUGAGAGUGCAUUCGAAAACACGCGAUACCGUAAAGUGUUUGCGCACUCAAAUUCAGGAGGACACAGAUUGAUGGAUUGACUGCGUUUUGCAAGUGUCGGCUCACUUGGCCCCAUUGUCGCAGUGCAUAUCUCAUAUGCCCAAGUGUUGCAUGAGUCGGGAAAAACUUUUGUCUUGAUCAAAUUACAAUAAAACCGAUAGACUUCACUCUUUUCUUUCGAUCUAUCAUUCGGGUCAGUCGACGUGCGUCUACCAGUUGACAUGUUCUCUCUAAACCACGAAGACCCCUUCGAGACGCCAGAGGAAACACCUCCUGGGCGAUCAUCUUCAAAAUCUUCCUUCAUCAUGGGGUCAAGUAAGCUUGGUGACAUUUUGCACAAGUGACCCUACAUGAAAAACAAUGACCGUAAUCUAAUCAUUGUACGAACUAGAAAGAGUUUUGUGGUGAAUUAGGUAACUACCUUGUUUGUAUGAUCAACUAUAGCAAUAACUCACUUAUUUUACAUAGGCAGACUUGUUCCAAGUUUAUUUAUCUUUACCGCAAUGGUUUAUGGGUAAUCCGGGGGUGCAGCCAGCCAUCCAGCUCGAUCGAAACGGCGGUGCGGAAGAGGUGGACGUUACAAAGGUAAACAGGAAUACUAGCGAGAAUCGAUAGAAUGGACCUCAACCGAUAAUUUUUCUACAUCGAUGUCCGUGGACACCGAGGAUGUUACUAUCUAGGCUAGCUAAUGCCAAUUGUUGAACAGCCACAUAUGCUACGAGUCAAACAACAAUCAGCCCGUUCAGUUUAUUCAAUUUCAGCAGUGCAAUGAGUCUGAACGAACAUUCAUUACAAGCACUGUCGUGGAGGAAGCUUUACUUGAGUCGAGCAAAACUGAAGGCUUCCAGUCGAACGUCUGCUCUACUGUCUGGGUUCGCUAUGGUAGCAAUGGUGGAGGUUCAGUUGGACACAAGCUAUCCAUACCCACCUGGUCUCCUCAUUGCCUUCAGUGCCUGCACCACAGUGUUGGUGGCUGUUCACCUCUUUGCCCUGAUGGUUAGUACCUGCAUCCUGCCUAACAUCGAGGCAGUCAGUAAUGUUCACAACCUCAACUCGGUGAAGGAGUCGCCACAUGAGAGAAUGCACCACCACAUAGAGCUGGCCUGGGCUUUCUCGACAGUCAUUGGCACCCUGCUCUUCCUGGCUGAGGUGGUGCUCCUCUGCUGGGUCAAAUUUUUACCCAUUAGGCCUAAGAACCACAACCCCAACAAUGGGACCAUAUCUGCAGGUGUGGCUGCUGCCAUCACCUCCACCUCCAUCAUGGUGCCUUUUGGCCUGAUAUUUAUAGUCUUCGCUGUACAUUUCUACCGUUCCCUUGUCAGCCACAAGACAGACAGGCAGUUCCAGGAGCUGGAGGAGUUAUCCAACCUGACCAGGCUGCAGAAUGAGCUGGACGGUAGAGGGGAAUCCCACUUGCAAUCCCACAGCUCUCAUUUCCCAUAAAGACUGACCUCUCGUUGAAACUGUCUAUUUCAAGCCAAUCCUUUGUUGCCAAUAGUUAUACAGUUCUAUUAAAACGCUACAUAAUCUGCUCAUUUCAAAACAUUUGAGAUGUUACUCACCGUUUCCAAAUGUUUCACAUUUCUAGAGAUUUUUUAAAAUUAUUUUUAAAAGAAUGAUUCCAGACUGUGUUACUUUUAACUGUGAAACUAUACCAGUUAACAGUCUUAAAGAUGCACUCCAACCAAUCGCAGCGCUCUAAUGGAUAGCACCUGCCAGCAAUUCCAACACCACGGAUAAGCUCAUAUUUGAAACACAUGAAAGCCAUUACAAAAACAGAAUUUCUAUCCAAAAACAAAUCGUUUUAAAUGGCUUUACAAUUGAAAAGUGCGCAGGUACUUGCUACUGUGAUUCCUGAAAUGCAGAGCCUGUUAAAUUAUUUUUCUAAUUCAAAAUUAUACUUUAGUUACAUUGUUUGCUAACUCAGCUGCUUAACUAGCUCUGUCUUAUUGACCACCCAAUAUUGCAGUUAAUAACUUUUUUUUAUAUAAAAAAAAAAAGCUAAAUUAGCCGUGCUAGAAUACAGCUCUCAUCUGCUGUCGACAUCAGGAUACGAUUUAAGAGCACUAGUUAGCUCCAAAAGUGGUUAGUAACUUUGGCUGCAUGCUGACAGUGCAUUCAGAGCCGUCCAGUGGCUAGCCACACUACAACCGUCAUUUUACCAGGUUCCCAUGAAGCAAUUGCAAUGACAGUCAACCACAACAUACCCAAGAGUCUCCUGACUUGCACGGGGUAGUCUGUGUUUAAUUUCAUUGUGUAUUAAAAACACAGUUUGUCAUUGUGAGGGGAUUACGCCAGUGGUUCGAAGGGGGAAUAAGGCUUCCUGGGAAAACGUGGUCCAAGGUUGCAACAGUAACCAAGGGGGCCGGGGGCUUAGCAAAGGGUCAUUUGGAUUCGUAACAUACCACACAAAUUGCUAAAUCUUAUGAAAUCAUACAAAUUGCAAUAUUUGUAACAUAUCACACAAAAUGGAUGACAUAGCACACAAUUGGAUGAAGUCGUACACAAAAAACAGGUAGCACUUUUGUCUCGUGACCAGCACUUUCAAAACUACUGGCUGAAGUUAUACAUAUAUUUUUUUACCUUACAGGUAAAUGGUAGGAGGGGGCUAAAGAGGCCUCUCAUUAAAAGGAUCGUUCACCCAAAUGACAAAAUGACGGUGUUUUCCUUACCCUCUAAGCAGCCCAAGGACAAGGUAUGAAAGCGAUCUAUGCUUUGGUGUCCCUGGCACUGUUGACACAUGUUAACGUUUUAGCAUUUGUGGCACAAAUCACAUUGAUGGGUCGAUAUUAGCAAUUUUCGCACAUUGUGUCCAAAUCAUAAGAAAGUAUCUCAAAUUGGUAGUAAAGCUCAAAAGUCACUUAGAAGUUUUGAACAUGAUGUGCAAAAAAUUACUUGAAUGGGAUUUGUGCCUCAAAUGCUAAAACGUUAGCUUGUGGAAACAGUCCCAGAGAAAUUAAACCAAAGACUGGAUUGCUGUCAUACCUUGUCCAUAGACUGCUUAAAGGGUAAGGAAACCAAUAUGUCAUUCUGUAAUUUGGGUAAACUAUCCCUUUUAACUACUAUAUUGUGACACGGUGGCUUGCCUCAUUGUAUUCUAUGAGCACCAAUGAACGGGCACGUACCUCUGCCCAGGCGUUGCUGAUGCAUGCCAGGUCUUACAAUGCCUGGAUAGGUAUUUUAAGUACCAGCUAACCACAUAUGUUAUAACAAUCUGGUGUCCGAAGGCGCAGUCGACGAUGUGGCACGCAACCAUUGGUUGAUGCAUGCAACGUCUGACCAGCGAAACGCGACCAUUGUCUUACUUCUGUCAGUUCUGUAUUCAACCUAAGGUUCAGGUUUCAAUUCAUGUUUGAGAGAUUAAAUGUAAUCAGCCUGCUUAAGUUAUUUUUAGUCUAAUCGGUUGGCCAAAUGUUGCUGCAUAAACUCUACAAAAAGUGUUUUCAUAGUUGUAACCUGUGGUAUUGAAAUAGCAUUUUGUACCAUGAUUAUUUGGUCGGAAAAUAUGAAUUUGUGACUAGAAAAGCGUCAAGUUAAUUUCACUGCUGCUUAAACAGUGAAUACAGAGAUUAACUGCACAUAUUCUUUCUAAACACAAUUGGCUUUGUAAAAGUGUUAUCUGUUGCUUUAAUUUUCUGUUCAAAGUGCACCCUUUGUGACUUGUUUGUUUGUACAAUGAGUGGGUUGGUCUUGGCAAAUGUAACUGUUUACUUUUUGUUUUGCUUCUAGGAAUGUGUUUGUAAUACCUCGAGUUGCCACUGGGGAAUGAUAUCCAGAUGGCACCGUGAUCUCAUUACAAGUCAAAUCAUGUUCAGUGGUCCCGUUUCAUAGAAGUAAAAUGACUCAAAUCUUC